CUUCACAAGUUCAUUCGCCAAAAUAUUUGUCAAUUAUAUUUCACAUUAAGAAUUUACAGCACGACUCAAACGCGGGAACGAAGGUAAAUGACGUUAAUUGCUGAGUGUCUUUUAAUACUGUGUAAGUAUACAUAUUAACACGCGUGCAUUAAAAUGUGUGCAUUUACGGGGCGAUUUCUCAGGCUUAAAAGCUCACCUUUUAUUAAAAAGGUGAACGCAAACUUUUUUCAUUCUGAAGGGCACAAACCACUUCGGACUUCAGCCGUUAAAUGCGCGAAAAUUUCGUUACACCUAAUAAAUGAGCGCAACAUAUUAUCACUUGUAUUGUAUGCUUACAAUACAUGUAAAAAUGUGUUAAUCAUUAAUUAAUAGUAUGGGAUAGUGUUUUUCGACUCAGCUACAGAUGCCGAUGGAGACCAGAACUGCUUUGGAAAAAUAUGAACGCCUUAGGGCCGAUCUGGAAGAAGGCUUAUUGACUGAAAGGGGCUUUCAUGAAAAAGUUAGAGCUUUGCUACAGGAUACGCCCUCUACAAGCCAAGGAAGUAAAAGUAAAGAUGCUGCUUUAAUUUUCAAUGAAAUGAAAAAAGCCAUCCAAGAGAAAACAUCAGUGAAGAAGAAGCAGUUUGCACUAUCUAAAAAGGAGAAACCCUCAUUUAUAAAGGUGAAGGUGAUAGCAAUGGAGUGGAGACCUAGAACAAAAAAAACACCUGGAAAAUACCAUAAGAUAAUGCUGGAAGAAGAGCCUCCUAAAUUUUUAAUGAAACCAUUGGAUGGUUAUGAUGAUAUAAUAGAGAAAGCCGAAGAAAUGUUUUGGAAAGAUGACAAAAGAAAUGAAGCUCAGUACACACUGUGCAAUGCGGAUGGAUCAAGAUGGCCCAAAUCAGAUUUUGAGAAGGAGUAUUUCUCAUUAAAUGAAAUUCCAGAUAUAUGGAAGAAAACAUUAUAUGUUGGUCGUAGAGAUUUAGAUGAUGUGAUAUGUGUUGGACAGCUUUCUUUGGCAUCUAAAAGUGAAAACUUAACACAAACAAAAUCCAUGUUAAUGGAGAAUGCAGCAAUGGAUAAUCCAAUUUUGCAGGAAACCUCAGGCCAUUUGAAGAAAAGUUCCACCAGUUGUAAGAGAAAACCAACAAUGGACAACUUACAAGCACAACUUUCAGGAAGCUUUUCCUUUGAGCUGAUGGUGUCAUCUAGUAAAAAACAUUGUUCACUGGCAAUUGCUGAAAAUAUGGAAGAUGGUUCAUUAAAGUCUGAUGUUCAAACACCUCCUCAUUAUGCAAUUCCUCCAGUGUACAUGCCACGAGUUCCAUAUGUUGAUGAUGGACAAAUCAAAUUCAAUCCUGAUUUGGCUGUGGGGUCAGGGUCGUUUGGAACGGUGUACUUUGGUUCAUAUCAGGGAACACCAGCAGCAGUAAAGAAGAUUCCUGUUGAUGACAGUAAUGACUUUUUGCAUGAGAUCCUUGUUUGUUUAAGACUUUCUCAUCCAAAUAUUGUUAGAUUCUUGGCUGCUACCAAAAAAGAUCAGUAUAUACUCAUAGCAAAUGAGUAUGUCCAUGGAGCAAGUUUACACGUUGUACUUCACAGUGCAGACAGUCCAGUGAAGUUAGAAGCAGAAGAAAAAAAUUACGUUGCACUUGAUAUGGCAAUGGCUGUGGAAUACAUCCAUUCCAAGAAUGUAAUACACCAGGACCUGAAGCCUGCAAACAUCCUGAUUGAAGGCAGCAGCAAAAAGGCCUAUCUUACCGACUGGGGUUUAGCCAAUGUUCGCGACUCAGUUUCGCUAAGGCAGGGGAGCAAAAUAUCUGGCCUUUUAAGUGGACCUCUUGGUGGUACUGCUAUUUACACAGCUCCUGAAUGUCUGCUAACCUUUCAACCUUGUUCUGUACAUUCAGACAUAUGGUCCAUCGGCAUAACAUUUUUAGAGCUGUACACAAACACUGUACCAUGGUCUGUAAAGAGCUGUGCCAGUUAAUGUCAACAGAGGCAGCUCCAAAUGCUUUAAACAAAUUUGAUUCAUUGUGCACACAAUUAAUAUGUACAUGUUUAAAAUAUACACCAUCGGAAAGAAUUUCGGCCUCAAACCUAGUUCUUCUGUUAAAAUCAUUGGACAACACUGAUUUAAAAAAACAUUACGGAUACCAUUGGUAAUUACAAAAUGCAAUAUUUUAGAUGAUGACCUUUGUUUUAUUCAUCACCAAGAGGAAAGUAAAAUGUUUAGUUUUUCCUGUCAUUAAAAUGUAUUGUUACAUUAUAUACUGUAUACAGGAAAAAAGUGCAUACAAUUAUAUUGAUUAUGUUGUUGUUCUUGAUGUUAUGACUAUAGAAUUCUGAUGCAAAUAAAUAAUUUCUCUCCCAGAGAAGCAAAAACAGCCAUCUAAGUUGUACUCAACAAAUUCAUAAAUGGUGCUUGAUUCUCCUGCCACAAGGAACUCUAAUAUCAGUGCAAGUUCAUAAAAUUAAUGGACUGAUAAUGGUUAAACAUAGAUUAUGGAAGGAUACUAAAGGUUCUAUAUAAAUAUCCUCUGGGUUAUUUUAAAUUGUUAUAAUGGACCUUUCUAUGUGUAAAGGCUCAAAAAAGUAUGAUUAAACCAAUUUAUUUUCACAACAACAAAAUUUAUUUAGUA